CUGAUACUUUGUUUCUUCUCCUUUUUUUUUUCUUCUUGUCUACUUAUCAGAUUAAAAUUUAUCAGAUAAACUAAAAAGAAAAAGAAAACAAUGGCUUCUGUUCAAUGGGUUUACGCUAAUGGUUGUACCUGGGUUACUCUUGACCCUAUUGCUCAACAACACAUCGAAAGUUUAUGGUCAAAAAACUCAUCUAGUUGGAUCCAAAGUCAAUUCUUUCAAUGCCCUGUUUAUAUUGACAUUGAAAAAAUGCUGCUAAUGUGCAAUGGCUUAUCCUAUAGUAUCGCUCGUCGUCGGAUUUAAUUAUCUGUCAAAUAAUUCUUCUUUAUGGCUCACUAUGUAUACACUUAUAGCAUUGUUCUGGAAACUUGUACAUGUAGACUCUAUCCUUAAGCACUCAUAUUCAACAAACGAAAACCUUAUAUAUACAUAUACACUCAUUACAGCCCUUAUACCUUCAUUAUUUUUAUUGCAUCGGAUGCUCAUCAUAUUUAGACCAUGUAUAAUUAUUAUCUAAGAAAUAGCUACUUCCCUUUUUUGUUGUAUGUAAUAAAAAAU